UGUUCUCAAUUUAAACCGAGUGACACAGUUUAAAUUCUCAUCCUAAACUCUCCGCGGUUUAGUGGUUUAUGGCAUUUGAGCAUGCAUAUGUUCAUCUCAGUUUCACUGAAUUAAACUAACUCAUCUCCAGCUGCGCAGCUCCGCGCAGAGUUUUAUUAAACCGCAGUUGUCUGAACAGCAUGACUCCGCUACGCUGGUGGAGCCACAAAAUAGCGGGAGAUAACCCGCAGCAAGAUCUUUAUACAGACCCUGCUGCUGUAAGAGAGGUCUGGAUCAGUCACAGCUCUCCGGGAGAGCUCAAUGGCCGUGUAGGUGGUCCUCAGUUCCAUAACCGAAAGGGCCGAGGGUCCUUCAGAGGUCGUCCUCACAAUGAGCAGAUACGACAGAGGCACAGAGGGGGACAAACAGGAGGCUUCGGACCUGGACCACGCAGCAGGCUUGAGGAUCGAGAUGGCGAUGUGUCCAUGAGUGAUUGCCAAGAUGGAGCUUUUCAGCAGAGAUUCAAUCCCUAUGGAAGACCCAACCGAAAAGAUGGUCGAUUUGAUCGAGACAGAAGAGGAGGUGGAGGGGGGCUUGUGGGAUACAGGUCACCAGGAGUAAGUGCACCGUUACUGGAUACACCCAGUCUGUUUGGUUGCACAAGCUCAGAAAAAAACAAAACUUGGUUUAAAAUAACGAUACCCUAUGGCAAGAAAUAUGACAAGAAGUGGCUUCUGACUGCAUUACAGAAUCUGUGCCAUGUACCUUUUAUUCCAAUACACUACUCUACAGAGGGCAAUAAAGUACAGUUCUUCCUAGAAGAUGCCAUAUCAGCCAAUGCCCUGAGCAAAAUCACUCGCAGGAUCACAGAUACUGAAGGAUAUAAGGUGGUUGUGCUUAUAAACCCCUGCCCUCCUCCUGCCUUCCUCCAGAGUGACCUGACAGAACAGGACCUGGAACACUUGAAGCAAUGCAUGUCCAAGCGUUUUGACGCCUCAGAGCAGCAUCUUGAUCUGAACAGCAUCCAGACAGAUCCAGAUUUGGUGUCUCAGAAAAUUAAAGUGAUUUUGAACCACAAGAAUUGCAUGCAAGCUGUAGUGAAGAUCAUUGAGGAGAAUAUUCCAGAGCUGGUGUGUCUCAACCUAAGCAAUAACAGACUCUACAAGUUGGAUGAUUUUGCAGAACUGGUGAACAAAGUGCCCAACCUGAAGACACUCAACUUGUCCCACAAUGAGCUAAAGUCUGAGCGGGAGCUCGACAAGGUGAGGGGCUUUAAGCUGACGGAGCUGUGCCUAGACCGCAAUCCUCUGUGUGACCACUUUAAAGACCAGUCCUCAUACAUCAGCGCUAUUCGGCAACGAUUCCCCAAGCUCCUCAAACUGGACGGUCAUGAUCUUCCUGCACCGAUAGGAUUUGAUAUUGAAACUGGUACUAUAAUUCCUACCUGCAAGGGGAGCUACUUUGGUUCAGAUGAAAUCAAGGAGUUUGUUCUAGGUUUUCUGCAGCAAUACUACAGUGUGUAUGACUCUGGGGACAGGCAGUCUCUACUGGAUGCUUAUCAUGAAGGUGCCUCCUUCUCUCUCAGCAUCCCUAUGUCCAUGCACAAUCCCUUCAGGUCUUUUCUGGGAGACUAUCAAAAAGAUAGUCGCAACCUUAAAAAGCUCAAAGACCCAGUUGCACGGUUCCGCUUGUUGAAGCACAACCGAUUGAAUGUGGUCGCCUUUCUGAAUGAGCUCCCACGGACUCAGCAUGACACAGCUUCUUUCAGUGUGGAUGUAAACACAUACAGCCAAACAUUGCUGGCAUUUACAGUGAGUGGGGUGUUUAAGGAAGUUGAUGGCAAGUCGAGAGACUCUGUUCGUGCAUUCUCCCGGGUCUUCAUCGCUGUCCCAGCAGUGAAUUCUGGGUUGUGUUUAGUCAAUGAUGAGCUGUUUGUGAGGUUUGCCAAUACAGAAGACAUCCGUCGUGCGUUUUUCGCACCGGCCCCUACCCCAUCCAGUAGCCCUGUGCCCACCCUCUCGGCUCCCCAGCAGGAGAUGCUCUCUGCAUUCUCCCAGAAGUCUGAGAUGAAUCUCGAGUGGUCCCAAAAGUGUCUGCAGCAUAGUGACUGGGACUUCAACAGAGCUGUUCAGAUCUUCACAGAACUAAAGGCUCAGGGCUCCAUACCAGAAGUUGCUUUCAUAAAGUGAAGAUGGAUCAGCGUAUAUUUGUUUGUUGUUGGAAAAUCUGAUUGGUGUGAAAGGAAUAAAAAAAAAGGAAAAAUCAGGAACUUGUUUUAUAUGAAUUUUUAUUAGUUUUAUUUUCUGUUUUUUUUUUUUUACUUUGUACUGCACUUCAAGCUGUACUGAGAUUGAAGACACUAAGAGCACUUCUGUUUUGUUACAGUUGCAUUGUUGUUAUUAAUUAAUUUAUUCAUUUUGUUGAACCCCUUGUUUACUGUUUUAAUUUCCUACAUGAGGUACGAGUUCAUAAAAUAAACUCUUAAAGAGUUAUCAUU